AACUUUCAGCAACAACUGGCAGAAGCUAAAGAAGACAGCUGCAAAGUUACAGUCAUGUUGGAGAAUGUGCUGGCUUCUCACAGUAAGAUGCAAGGCGAUCUGGAAAAAGUGCAACUAGAGCUUGGACGGAGGGAUUCAGAGAUUGCAGACCUCAAGAAAGAAAGGGCUGUAAAUCAACAGCGGGUACAGAAGCUGGAAGCAGAAGUGGAACAGUGGCAGAGCAGAAUCCUUGUCAUGGAUGCCCAGCACAACAGUGAGGUGCAGCUCCUACAAAAAGCUCUAGAUGUAGCUAGAGAAGACAACAGGAAACUGGCUAUAAGCCUUGGAGCAAACUCUCCAGACAAUCAUCUGCAAACAAAGUUCCAUCAUAUUCAAGAGAAAUUGGAAAACAAAGAACUUGAGAAAAAAUUUUAG